CAUCACACCUCCUGCUCAGCCAAUCGCCUGCUGGGGAGUGUGAUCACGUGAACAACAGCCACCAAUAGCUCUCCACCAGGCACCGGCAAAAAGAGGGGUGGUGUCUCUCCUCCUCCUCCUCCUCCUCUCUGUGAGUCAGGCCGUGUGUCUGGAGGAGAGUCGAUGGAUGUGAAGGAUCCGUCUAACGAGCUGAGACACGUUUCUUCUGCUUCUUCGCCCAGAGAUCAGAGGCUGCAGCUCCGUCUUUAACCCCCUCUCCUGUGGAGAACACAGGGGGAUGAAUGGGGAGGCGAUGGAGUGGAACCCGGCACAGGAGCAGCAGCAUGCCGGUAACGGCUCCCACUUCCCUCCCCCUCCCACCAUCACGCCGGCCAUACCCCCCUACGUGAAGCUGGGUCUGACCAUCGCCUACACCAUCUUCUACUCUCUGCUCUUCGCCUUCGUCUACGCCCAGCUCUGGCUGGUUCUGAGAUACCGACACAAGCGCUUCAGCUACCAGACGGCCUUCCUGUUCCUGUGUCUGCUGUGGGCCGCCCUGCGAGCCCUCCUCUUCUCCUUCUACUUCAGAGACUGUGUGACCGCCAACGCACUCGGACCGUUCGCCUUCUGGCUGCUCUACUGCUUCCCCGUCUGCCUCCAGUUCUUCACGCUCAGCCUCAUGAACCUCUACUGCGCACAGGUUUACUUUAAGGCGAAGUCCAAGUACACACCUGCACUGCUCAAAUACAGACUUCCUCUGUACCUGGUCUUCUUUGGCGUCAGUCUUCUCUUCCUGGUGGUUAAUCUGGUCUGUGCCCUGCUGGUCAAAAUGACAGCGGCGGACGUGAAGACCAUCGUGCUGGUGAGGGUCACCAUCAACGACAGCCUGUUCGUCCUCUGCGCCGUCUCGCUGUCCGUCUGCCUCUACAAGGUCGCCAAGAUGUCGCUGGCCAACAUCUACCUGGAGUCAAAGGGGACGUCGGUGUGUCAGGUGACUCUGAUUGGCAUCAUGGUGGUGCUGCUGUACGCAUCGCGAGCCUGUUACAACCUGGUGGUGCUCGCCCUCACCAACAUCGAGACCAUCAACUCCUUCGACUACGACUGGUACAACGUCUCAGACCAGGCGGACUUGCGGUCGUCGCUGGGAGACGCUGGUUACAUCGUGUUCGGGGUGAUUCUGUUCGUCUGGGAGCUGCUGCCCACCUCGCUGGUCGUCUUCUUCUUCAGGGUCCGGCGGCCGCCUCAAGAAAGGAGCACUGCUGGGAUACCAAACCACGUUCUCUCCUCCAGAGGAUAUUUCUUUGACAACCCUCGUCGGUACGACAGUGACGAUGACCUGGCGUGGAGCAUUCCUCCCCAGAAUGCAUCAGCGAGUCUUUCCUCAGACUGCUACGACUGGGGCAGCCGCCACAGCAGCUUCACCGUUCACACCAACAGCGACGAACAGCGCCUGACCGCCACCGCCGCCGGGGGAGAGCUCCACCCUUACCCAUAAUCCCUCUCUUCACUGUACAGCGUCACUCUGCACUUUGACACCGAUCAGUUAUUGUGUUUCUUAUCAUCACUGAUGUAGAAGUUUGUAGUCACAGUAGAGAGUUUAGAGAAAAUACCUGAAUGUUCAGCAGAGUUCCUGCAGAGUCGAGUUCUUCAUCAUAGAUGUUAAUCCUGCAGCGCGCCCUCAGGCCGCUCCACCACACGACAACACUGCAGCAAUAAAUAAGCACACGUUUAACACUUCUGGCCAUGUUGCAUACAUGUUACCGUGAUGUUCAACAUCAAAUAAUCUAAACUAAUCCAGUGAUGGUACGUUUAAAUGCUUCCGGUGACACGAUGAGGCCUCGUGGUUUGAAGAACACCCAAGUCACUUCCAUAACGACCGGGUUGUGACCAUUUAUGUGCGAUCAACCUAGAGGUCAAAUGCCAUAAAAUGCUGCAGCAUCAUUAUAAUACGUUCGAUGGGCUCAUCAGGUUUGAUCACCAUGUUUGAUAUUUUGGUGGCGUGACGAAUAAUCAACAGGACAACAACAUGUUACAAUCCUCAUUAAUAUACAGUCGGCCUGUUCAUAACAAAACACUUCAUGACAAAAAAAAAACCUUUUACAAAUAUAUUGACAUGGAAAAAGUUAUCGCACAAACUCUCUGGUGUGUGAAGCCUGAGCUGCGUGCAGGAGCUGCUUCAGAGAGUCCGUGUUUUAUAGAGCCACAGUGUGUAGACGGUGUUGUGAUGAAUGUUUCUUGAUCAUUUGGGGAGUUUUUCAUCGAGGAUUACUCUGUAAAUCUGCCACAACUCUUUAAUUAGUUAUCCCAAGAUAAGAUAAGGUAAGAGCUCUCGCAGAUGUUCGAUCACAAAUAUCAAAUACAAUCUGACCGAUUACAAAAGUUCAAUAAGUCUAAUAAGUUUUUAAUAUUGAACUCUCUUCUCUUCUAUCAAACAUGGAGGCUGGCAGACAAACUAUUUAAAUGUAUUACCUGAAUAAUCCUUGAAAAACUCCUUUUUGAGGUUUUUGACUGUAAAGCGACAAAGCUAAACUAAAUACACACACACACACACACACACACUCACACACACACACACUCUGUUGAUUCAACACAAUCAAUAUCCUGUAAAUAUUAAUAACCAGACAGCUAAACAUCUGUGUUGUUUUGAUGUUCAAUUCAAAAUAUUCUGCGUAUUAACAAGUUAUUUAAUGUUGGGUUUUAAUUGUUUUGAUCUUUUUCAGAUUUCCAGAAGAUUUGUUGUUAUAACAUAAAAGUAUUUAAAAACUCUGGAAAGUAACGGAAUCAUCAAAAUCAGACGAUAAAAUAAAUCGAUUUUAAGACUUGACCCAUCAUUUAAUGUGUUAAUAUGAGUUUGUUUUGCAGUGUUCACAUUUCUGUAACGAUGUUCAGAAAAAAAAGUCUAUAUUUCUAACAGACGCAAGUUUUGUAAGUGAUUUGUACAGAGUGUCUCUUCGUGCGUUUUGUUGUUGAGCUCUUUCUGUUUUUGUGGUUCUCGUGUUUGUGACGUGUUGACACACAAAGUAACAUUUAAAUAAAACAUUACAACAA